CCCCCCGCCCGCCCGCCCGGCGCCGCACCCGGCACACGGAUUUACGGCGCGGACUGCAGCCUCCGGAGCGGCUCCCGCAGGGAUGGAGGGAUGCAUGUACAGCUGGGAGCAGCAGGAGCAUGGCACAGCCCCACAGAGAUAGAUGUGAAGGUAGUGCCCUGUGAGGACCCAGCAGAACACCCCCAGACCACGGAGGAGUGUGAGCUCUUGCUGGGGAGAGGAGAGCUCCCUUUCCUGCCCUGCCAGCCAGGUCUGCCUGCUGCCUGGUUACCUACCGCACUUCCAGGGAUCUGUACCAGGAUUUGGGGCUCGACACCUGGAGGUGCAUUAGUGCUGUGGGAUUGCAGGAGAGCCUGACAACAAUGGGGGACCCACCACAGAGGAGGGACAUCUGCCCAGGAGGCCCUGCAUGCCUGUGAGCCCUGGCUGCUGCUGGCGGAGGGUGCCUGGGUUGCUUCGCAAGCCAGGGCUGGUGGCAGAGCUGAGGUGCUUGCAGGGCAGAGCCAGCAAAGGGUGAAGAGCUGGGAGAGGGUCUGCAGGGGCAGCCCAGAACCCCAGGAGAGUGGGAGCUGAGCUGCUGCUCCUCGAGGGAUCUCUUCCUGGGGCUGGCAGACAGAGCAGCCCUUGGUCCCUGGCUCGCUGUGGAUGUACCCCCUUGCCCCUCCAACAGGACCGCUCCCCUAGUGCUGGUGUGGAGGGAGGGCUGCUCAUCUCAUCAUGGUGCUGCCACCGCCCGACAAGCGCCAUGUCUGUUUGACCACCAUCGUCAUCAUGACCAGCAUGGCCUUCAUGGACGCGUACCUGGUGGAGCAGAACCAAGGGCCUCGCAAGAUUGGUGUCUGCAUCAUCGUGCUGGUGGGGGACAUCUGCUUCCUCAUCGUGCUGCGUUACGUGGCAGUGUGGGUGGGGGCAGAGGUGAAGACGGCCAAGCGGGGCUAUGCCAUGAUCCUGUGGUUCCUCUACAUCUUUGUGCUGGAGAUCAAGCUGUAUUUCAUCUUUCAGAAUUACAAAGCAGACAAAAAGAACCUGGAGACAGUGGCUAGGAAAGCCCUGACCCUGCUCCUCUCUAUUUGUGUGCCCGGGCUCUACCUGGUGUUGGUGGCCUUGGACAGCAUGGAGUACAUACGGACCUUUCGGAAGAAAGAGGACUUGCGGGGACGCCUCUUCUGGGUGGCCCUUGACCUGCUAGAUAUCUUGGACAUCCAGGCCAACCUGUGGGAGCCGCACAGGACCGGCCUGCCCAUCUGGGCAGAGGGGCUCAUGUUCUUCUACUGCUACAUACUCCUCCUGAUCCUGCCUUGUGUGUCCCUCAGUGAGAUCAGCAUGCAAGGGGAGCACAUUGCCCCACAAAAAAUGAUGCUCUACCCCGUCCUCAGCCUGGUCACCAUUAACAUCGUCACCAUCUUCAUCCGGGCUAUCAACAUGGUCUUGUUCCAGGACAGCAGGGUCUCCACCAUCUUUAUUGGCAAGAACAUCAUCGCAAUUGCCACCAAGGCAUGCACCUUCCUCGAGUACAAGCGUCAGGUGAAGGAGUUUCCUCUGGAAGCUCCAGCAGAACUCCCUCUCCCACAGCCAGAGCAUCCACAGCACACAGGGCAUCCCUCACGAGCCAUCACCCACGAGGGAGAUCCUUGACACAUGAGGGGUCACCCCUAGCUGAGCAUUGGUUCAGAUAGCCCUGUGCCAAGCAGAGGAGGGAUGCUGCUUUCUCGCUGCAUGGGCAAGCAAGAUGGACAAAUCCCACCAGCGAGGGCUCUUCUAGGCACAAAACACCGACCACGUUGUAAUUGAGCUAUGGAGUGUCCCCUAGACGUCUUCAUCUCAGGUAUAACCCUAGGAGUCCUCCAGACAAACCAAAUGAACUUGCAAAGGACCUGAACCAGCUAACCCUUUCCGUCUGUCCUUCCCGCCACCAUCACUCCUGAGCAAAGACUGCUAGGGUUGCAAAGUCCCUUUUUACUCCUUGAGAACCUCACCUUUACCCCAAGCCUGGAACGAAGAUUUUGUUACUGAAGACCUUUUUAUUGAGUGGGGACAGGGGCAUAGGUGUAUGGGUUGGGGGGGAAAGUGGGACGUUUGAACCAGUAAACCCUGUGAUUGUA